UUCCCACAGAAUUUAUAGUUUAAUUAGAGAAAAAAGUGCUGGGAAAAACGUUUUGAGCAAAUAGUGCAAUGUCGUGUUAGAUUUUGUCAAUUUUGCCUUGCAUGUUUUGUUUUAUUGUGUAGGUCUGUGUCUGCUUUUGUCUUAGUAAGCUGCCAAGGGAUUAAUCAAUGUAUCACAUUUAACGGAAGGGUAGAAGUUAAGUGAAAACACUUUAAUGAGAACAGGCAGCCAGGUAGGCUAUUGAGAUGAAAGGCUGUGCAUAAAUUCACAAGGAAGGUAGACCUGCAGAGCCAAAACAGUGUGGAAAAUCACCUGUCUUGGGAACGAAAAAUAUAGGGAACAACUUUGUAAAUGUCAUUGCUUAGAGUCAAGAUGUUAGGAGGAAUUCUCUGAAGUAAAAUAUGGGAGAGGGGUAGGAUAUGGCAGUGUAAGGGUGUAGAGUUUGGUUGAGGUGACAAUUCAAGGUGGCCUUAUCUUCUCACAGGAAACAAUACAGAAACACAGGAACUUCAACUCAGGAGGAAGAUGAAAGAUUGCGUCACUGAAGAACAUUUAUAUUUGGCUUUUUCUCAUCAGUACAGAGAGAGUAUCUUUCCUCUUCAUACAUCUAUCUCCCUGUUUUUGCUAUCCUACUGUGACUGCAAAUUAUUUAAAAUUUUCUUAGUGCCAACUGGCGAAGAUGUGGGUGAUCAGUGUGUGACGAAAAACCUCCCUGGCGAUCUUGAGGUGCAUUUAAUCUCCAGGUGUCAGCUUCCAGAGGUUGUGCGGAGCUGCAGUUUACCUGCAGUUGUUGUGAAAGAUGGCAAAUUCUGCCGAGCUGGGCUUUCUGUUGUCUUAAGAUAUAUAAUACAGAAAACAUACGAGGCAGAUCCAUCUAAAAAGGAUGUUUUGGAACUCUUGGGCUUUAAGAAGACUUGCUUAAAAGCUUGUGCUGAAGUUAGCCAGUGGACCAGACUUUGUGAGAUCAGCAUUCCUCUGGCUGUGGAAAGGUUUUUGACGGCGUCUCCUGAGCACUGUCAGGCUAUUCCUCCUGACAUUUUACAGUUUGAAAGGAAGCUUGGAGAACCUGUCCGAGUACAUAAUGAUGACAAAAUUCGUAGGCAAAAACUUCAACAGCAGAAGGCAGGUGCCAAGGCUGCAGUGCCCAUACUUGGUGAAGAAGCAGAAAGGGAAUUAAAAGCAGGGGAAGUGCAUGAGCAUCCACCCCCAAGUUUGGAACUGAGUUUAGCUUUCUCCAAGCUGCUUGUCCAGGAAGCAUCAGAUGCAGUCAGCAGAGAGGCCUCCCACAUCAGGAGAACAAAAACUUCUGACCUUCCGCUCUUGGACCACAUCUUUGCAGAAGGGCUUUAUUUUACUGUGGCAGAUUUAGUGCUAUUUCCAUGCAUCCAUCAGUUCUUGGUUUCCAGCAAGAAACAAGGCAGAAACCUGGUAAAUUUACCACUGAUAUCCACUUGGUAUCGAAGAGUUCAAGAAGUACCUGGAGUAAAGAAAGCUGCUGGCAAAUGCAAUAUGGAGCUUCUCCAGCUUCCAGAGUUGAUGUCUGCUCCAGAGGAACAGGCACAGGACUUCUCUUCAGUUCCUGAUGAGUUAGAAGAGGAGAACGAAGACAGUCAUUUUAUAGGUGGUCCAAGGCCAACUAUGACUAAGUUAAUGGAAAAUGGAAUUGAAGCAAAGUUUUUUCCACAUCCAUGCCCCAACUGGACCCUAGACUGGACCAGUCUACCGUCUGCAGUCAGUCCUGGGGAAGGAAAGAUGUCUAGAGACCGGGCUCUCAGGAAGCAGCAGCAACUGAACAAUUUGGUAGGAGUGGUGACAAAGCUUGCAAAGCCUGGAGAUGUGAUUGUGGAUUUUUGCAGUGGAGGGGGCCAUGUUGGAAUUGUUCUUGCUCACAUGAUGCCAUCAUGUCAGGUGGUACUCAUAGAAAAUAAGGAGUUGUCUCUGAUCCGUGCUAAAGACAGAAGUGAUGAACUAGGUUUAAACAACAUUUGGUUCAUUCAAGCAAAUCUGGACUAUUUUAAUGGGACUUUUAACAUCGGGGUGGCUCUGCACGCCUGUGGUGUGGCCACAGACAUGGUGAUUGAGCACUGCAUCCGGGCACGGGCAGCCUUUGUCAUCUCCCCUUGCUGUUAUGGCUUCAUUCAAAACACAGUCAAGUUCAAAUAUCCACGAAGUCGUCAGUUCAAAGAAAUUUUGUCCUACAAGGAGCACAUGAUUCUUUGCAGAUUUGCAGAUCAGACAGCUGUUCAGCUUCCACCUGAACGCAGGCUAAUUGGAAAACAGUGUAUGGGGCUUGUGGAUCUGGAUCGGGCAUGGGCUGCAGAGGAACAGAACUACUCUGUCCAAGUUAUAUCUAUGGAGCCAGAGAGUUGUUCUCCAAAGAACAAUAUGUUUGUGGGCACCCCUACUUAGAGUGUGAAACUUGCAUUCGAUUUGAAAUAGAACAUAAAUCUUCAGUGCAUAAUGACAUCCAGCAGAUAGAAGCAGAGCUGGGAACCAGACAUCACGCAUCUUGAACGCAUUGCGCUCGGAAAAGGAAGCAGCCCAAAAAGUCUUAAAAAGCAAACUGCAUGCAGAGCAUCACAAAUCAACUUGCGAUGUGUCAUUAAGCAACUUUUGAGAAGUUUCUGGAUCUAAUGACUGUGCAUGGAAUUAUAUCCAUCUGUAAAGAUUUAGAAAAAAGUUGGUCUCAUUGAAGGGAAGGUGGUUUCCUUUUCAGUAAAACUGUUUCUUGGCUGCCUGAAAAUUGCGUUCGUGGUCAAAACUGCGUUUGGGUUUAUAAGCAGAGCAGUUAUCAGCCAGAAGUGCUGAUCACUAGAGGAACAGAAAAGAUCAGAUUUACGGUGUUAGUGAAGAAAGAUGUGGAACAGGUGGCUUGACUUUGCUAAAGAAUUCCAUACUACUGUAGGAAGAUUAUUUUUAAUAAAAGUUCAUCAGAUUA